AAAAGAGCUGGGGAAUUCGGUUUCUGAGAAUCAAGACUGCGCUCAGACAAUGAUCAGACAGUUUUCUGGGAACGGAAUGAACAGCCUGGACGAAAUUCCCUUCAAGAUCCCCACGGGGUCUCUGGAGGGGACGUUGGAGGAGGUCGAGCUUGUCACGGCGCCAGAGCUCACCAUUCCGGACCAUCUCCAGAUACUCCAGGACACAGAGUACAAGUUCUGCUUGGAGAAGUGGGUGCUGACAGGCGUGCCGGGGGGCUACCUCAGCGACAUGCAGGUCACCCAUGGGUCAGAGCCCUCGUGUCCCCCUCACUGGCUGGUGUUCCACAGCCCCCAGGAGAGCCGACUUGCCAGACAGGGGACCAGCGACUUGUACGACUCCUCUCCCCGCCGUAGGAGUCACAGCCUGAACGCGGCCGACGCCCGAAGGCUUCACCCCCGGGUGAAGUUCCUCAUCUCCGACUCUGAGGGGGACGAGGGCGACACCGAGGAUGAUAGCAGCUCCUCACUGGAGGAGGACACGCCACCCUCUUCUCAGUGUGGUGACCGGCCGCCCAGCUCAGCGCUCAGGCGGCAGCUCCACGGGAUCAAAGAGUACAGGCCUGGGUCACCCUGCCCGGCAUUGAACCCCAUGUCCCCGCUUGCCCGUCACAGAAGGAACUCCUCUUCCUCCCUCCACGACUUCCGGCAGUCACCGCCCAGAACCAGCAGCCCAAAGUGCCAGAGGCACAUGAAGAGGAGGCUUCCACCGCUGUCUCACGCCAGCCGCCGCCGCUCCCUCAGCCCCCAGCCCCCGUCCCCAGCGAGCCACUUCCUGGAGCCCAGGCCCUCCACGGCCGGACACAUCUCCUCCGUUAGGAGCCACAAGCCCACCGUGGCGUCUCUCAGCCCCUACUCCUGCCUGCCUCCCCCCCCUUCGGUGUCCCAGCCCCUGGGUUCCCACAUGGCCGCCCUGGACUCGUCGGCAGAGCUGCUGUCAGCGCUGACCCAAGAGGAGAGGGAGCUGCUGGAGACCAUUACGGAGCACGGCUACCCGCUACGCUCCGCCAUCAUUGCCCUGCAGAAGACCGGCAAGCAGAGUCCGGAGCAGAUACUGAGUUACCUGGUGACAUGUGACCGCCUGUGUGAGCGUGGCUACGAUGCAGCUGAAGUGGAGGAGGCCCUGGAGAUGUUCCAUAACUGCGAGUCUAAGGCAGCAGAAUUCUUGCGCCUCCUGACCCAGUUUAACGAGAUGGGAUUCCAGCAGAACGCCAUUAAAGAGGUGCUGCUGGUCCAUGAGAACCACCGAGAGAGAGCCCUGGAGGAGCUGAUGACACGUGUAGCGUGAAGGAGCCACAGAUGUCCAGACUUUUCCAUGACCAACAUGGACGCUCUCUGCCUCUGGCUUAGGAAGAUUUCUGCCAUUGUUCAAUGCAAGUAGAUGUACGCGCACAUCGAAUAUGUCACACAUGUAGAACUGUAAAGAAUACCAGACUCAAAUUUCUGAGCCCCUACACUUUCGGAAGCACAGUGAGUAUCUUCAUACAAUGUUG